AUGAAGAACGCCUUCCUCUUUCAUAUCCCAUCUCCUUCUUUGCGGAGGAAAAUCUUGCAACACGAGCUAUGGAGAGUUGGGGAUUCUCCUUUCUUCGUCACUGAGUGGCGUUCAGAGUUUAGUUUCAAUCCACCUUCCCUCGAUCGUGCUCCGGUUUGGGCAUCUAUCAAGGGUAUUCCUUUUGAUCUAAUUACACCGGAAGGUUUGGGAAUUGUUUGUCGUUCUUUGGGAAGGGCGGUGGAUCAUAAGCCUUUUACGAGUAUAAAUUCAGCUGAGGUUAAAGUUGUCGUGGACUUGACAAAACCUCUUCCUCCUGAGGUGGAGCUGGAGCGUGAUGAUGGUAAGAUUUUGGUCCUUCAAGUGACAUAUCCUUGGCUCCCUCCGUCAUGCUCUCUCUGUGGUGAAAUCGGGCAUAAGGAAGCUCUGUGCCCUCGUGUCUAUGGCCCGGAAAACAAACCUCGUGCUUAUGGCUUUGAUAAUAGGCAAAAAACUCAAGCAAAGAACCGUUCAGGAGCUCCUUCUAGUGAGCAUUCUCAGAACCCAAGGAAGGAGAACUUUUCUAGUAAGCAAGCAACUUGGAAGCCAGUUGAUCCGUCUCCAAAGAUUUCACCUUCUAAGGCAAGACAAUCAUCUGCUUUACCGCUAGUUGUUGUUCCAAAUGCUAAGCCUUCUCCUCAGUCUUCUCUAGUGAUCCAUGAGGAACAACCUUUGUCAGAUAAGAGUUCUUUGGAAUUGGUUGUUGUUGAUAAGCCCUCUCGUCUACAUCCUAAGCCUCUGCUUCAGAAAUCAUCCUCAUUGUCUUCUCCCUCCAUUACCGAAACCUCCAACCCUUUUGAUAUCCUCCAGGAAGACAGGUUGGCUCUGUAUAUUACAGAUAGUUCUUCAAAGUCUGCUGAUCUCGAUUCCACAUCUCUGGGCUCUAAGAAAAAGAGGAAGGUUUCUGCUUCUGCUGGUUUAGAUCCGAGUGGUGAUCACCCUCCUCCAGGGGUGAGGCAUCACACAUCCUAA